AUUUUUAAAAAAAAUGAAGCAUGAGUUUAGGUUGUUGCUAUGCGGUGUUCUACUCGCGUUAUCAGGGGAAGAAGUAUUUGGUAUUAAGAUCUUAAGCAUAAGUGAGAAACUCUUGGCUAAACCAGGUUCAGAUAUCAAGAUAUCCUGUGGAGGAGAUUCUCCAUUUACGUGGUGCUCCUGGAUACUUCCAUCCAAUGCAUCCUGUUCUGAUCUAGGAGUCGGUAGAAACCAACAGUGCAGGAGAGAACCAAAUUUGCGGUUUAAUGGAACUGACACAGAGUGCAAUGUUGUUCUCAAGAAUGUGAAGAGAGAACACAGUGGAACCUGGAUAUGCGGGAUGUACGAUUCAUCGACAAACGAAACUUCUUCUUUAAGCACAAUUCUUGAUGUUUUUGAGGAAGCUUCUUUAGACUUCAAAACACAAUACGGAAUUGUUACAGUUAUUGCAGGAAACCCGGUCUCUUUCCUCUGCGAAGCUGAUCAUUCCCGACCAGUAGGAAAGUUUAAAUGGCACUUUGGAUCUAACCCUGUAAAGAAUAGAAUCCUGAACACAGAAUCAUCUGUUUUGUUCCCACUAGAUGAACCAGGUCUGUAUAGAGUAGAGGAGAAGUUAGUGUUUACUCCGCAGCCUAAGCAUGAUGGAGAGAAAAUCCAUUGCUCCUAUUACCAGUACGGGAUGAAUAAAGAGGUGCUGUUCUCCUCCAUGGUUGAUAUUGAUCUGAGAGUAGAGUUUCUGAAUAUUCUACCUAGUCCUAGAUUACCUCCAGUUUAUACUGGAGAUACUCUUAAUAUCAGUGUAGAGGUUCACGGUUCUCCGGGUCCUUAUAUCCACUGGGAGAUCCUAGGCGAGAACACUCUUGUAAUAUCACAAGGGAACCCUGAGCAAAGUCAGAAAUAUAAUCUUCUUCCAACCCAACAGGUUGAUAAAAACAAGUAUAUUACAACGCUCAAAAUUCAAAAUAUUUCUGUUGAAGAUAUGGACAAAACCUUCAAAAUGGUCGUUAACUCCAGCAAGGUUGAACUAUCCGGAGAACAAGAGUUUAGAAUAACCGUUGAUAAACCUUGGCCCGAGGACGAGGAUGUCCCAUCACAGGCUGAUCCUAAGACUGCGAUAAUUCUUGUUAUUUCUUUGAUCAUUCUUCUCAUCUUAGCCAUCAUAAUCGGUUUAACAGUACUGUACGCGAAGAAGCAGGAAAAAUGGUGCUUCCAGAAUAAUACUCCGUACAUAUCACCGGAAAUCAAGGAACAGAGCCAGCCUCUGGCCUCAAGCGAGGUCAAGCAUCAUCCAUAUGGACGACCUUCUCCAAUAUAACAAUAACAAAACACCACUUUAUUAACAUAUUAAAAUGUAAUUCAAAUUCCAUAUAUAGAUACAACCGCACUAUGGUUCGUAGUCAAAUAUAAGCGUAGUUAAGGAUUUCCGGGGGGGGGGGGUUAACUACCAUCUAUUCCCUCCCCCUAACUACGCACAUGAAAACAGUGUAAA